AUGAAUAAAAUAUGCUACAUCAUUCAUCGGUUACACCGGUGAGUGGAGCAGUGCAGCAUGAACGGUUUGACGGCGCCAUGUCGCGUCAGUUGGUUCGAAUAGUUCAGCAGACGCCAAAGUUGCGACACUCGGCACCUCGGCUCGGCCUGAGCCUGACCGGACUCUGCUCUGGCAUGCAAUAUGCGUUUGUCUCAUACGCAACUCGAUGCAUAAGCUGCGCCGGUACUCCUACGCGUUUUAUUGAUCACGCUCUCGACAUUAUCGUUUCGCACUUAUUAACAGUAUCGAUCGAUUUUUUAGCCUUUGAAGCAUCGUCGACACAGCGACCUCACAAGGCCACAGUUGAGUAA